AUGGAGAGCAUGAACAGUUCAAUCCCUCCUACAAAGAAGGCUUGGGUCUAUUCUCAGCAUGGGAAUCCUGCUGAUGUUCUGAAACUGAGCUCAAACUAUAGUGUACCCCAACUGCAACAACAUGAGGUCUUGAUCAAAGUUAUGGCAGCUGCCCUUAAUCAGGUUUAUUUCAAAAGGAUGCUCGGCGUGUUCAUCGAUUCCGAUUCUCCGCUCCCUAUUGUUCCAGGAUAUGAUGUAGCUGGUGUGGUAGUAAGAGUGGGCAGCCAAGUAAGAGCAUUAAAGGAAGGAGAUGAAGUAUAUGGGAACAUCAACGAGAAAGGGUUGGAUCAUCCUAAUAUACAUGGCGCUUUAGCUGAAUACACCGUUGCUGAAGAAGAAGAGAAUCUGUUGGUUCUAAAACCAACAAAUCUGGGUUUUAUUGAAGCUGCUUCCAUUCCCUUAGCUAUUGGGACUGGCUACGAAGGCCUUGUGAAAACCUGCUUAUCUUUUGGUCAAUCUACCCUUGUUUUAGGCGGUGCUGGUGGAGUUGGCACCAUGGUUAUUCAGCUAACUAGUCAUGUAUUUGGAGCAUCCAAAGUUGCAGCUACCUCGAGCUCAGCAAAACUGGAGUUGCUAAAGAGCUUGGGUGCUGAUUUGGCCAUUGAUUACACCAAAGACAGCUUCGAAGAUUUGCCGGAGAAGUUCGACAUAGUAUACGAUACAGUCGGGCAAUCUGAAAGGGCAGUGAAGGUUGUCAAGGAAGGUGGUAAGGUUGUUACAAUAGAACCGGUUGAACCAGCUUUCCGGUUCAUCCUCACAUCUAGUGGGGCUGUGCUGGAGAAAUUGAACCCUUUCCUUGAAAACGGGCAAGUGAAGCCUGUCAUUGAUCCAAGAGGCACAUUUCCUUUCUCUCAAACUCCACGGGCCUUUUCGUAUCUCUAAACCGGAAGAGUUACCGGAAAAAUCGUCAUA